GAGUUUCUUUGUUUCUUUUAAUAUUUAUCCUGGUCUGUAAAAAUAAUAGUAUGAAUCUACCCAAGGUGUGUUUCCAAUAAGAGAGAUUUUGAGAUUACGCACCCCUUCCCCCCCCCUAGAUAGUGUUGAUAUAAUUGCUGACGAAAUACGUAUGCCGCAACUUUGAGUGAUUAACUAAUGGAGUAGAGAGGGGGGAGGUGUAUCGGUGAAAGUCUGUACUCUUUUGCUGUACUCUAUGGCUGUACUCGAUGUAUGCUACCCCUCUUUGUUCAGCUGUUUUCUCAUAAGCUGGUCCAGGGUUGCACGUUCUUGGUUUUUUCAAUGGCAGGAGUAAUUUAGGAACAGACGCCCCCACCAGCUCUCAUUAACAGUAUUGGCUUAAUGAUGAGUAAAUACCUGUCACCAAAUACAAUAUUACAAUUACGAUACGAAUUUAUGUGCCUUAAAUGUCUCUUACUAACCCACAAAUUGACAUUAGUAUGCAUCAUUAUGGUUUGGGUAUGAAUAAAAGCAGAAACUUGUUUGGUAGCAUCACCAUUCAUGCCAGGCAGCUUUCACAAGAAGUAGCGCUUGUAUGGUUUCAAAAUGGCAACUUCAGUUUUAUGGAAAAUGGCAUUUCUGGUUGCAUUAUUCACGUUAUUUAUGACAAGCACCACAGCCAGUGCUAGAUAUAGCUACGGCUACAAAUCGUGCAUCGUCAGCAAGCAUCGGUAUGCAAGAGAUGCCUUUUUUGGAAGAAUGGAAGACGAUUUCAGGCAAGAGGAAGACGAUUUCAGGCAAGAGGAAGACGAGUUUAAUGUAGAUGACCCACAUUAUCACGCAUCAUAUCCGACGUACAUAGUGAAAUUGCAAGUUCUCCACAGAUGUCGUUAUCGCCUCUGCAACAGCGAUGGUGCAAAGAUACAUGUCUUAUCGUUAAAGCAGAGGAAGCUGUGCUAUUUUGGCAAGUACUCUAAGCGGUACCAAAAGCGGUAUAUAACUGUAAGUUGUAAAGUGAAGGGUCGUCCCAAGAAAGUUGUUGUUGAUUGGCCAGGAGACUAUCCAAGUCGUUUGAUCAUCAAAAACAUCCGCACCACCAAAAUCAUCAGAGCCAUUAAACCCAAAUCACAAUUGCAAGUCGUCGACUUUGCAUACCUGAAGUACUGCCCCAAAACCCCGUUUAUUCAUGUCCCCAAGACGAUUGUAAUAACAGACGAAAUCCAAGGGGUGAAAUGCCCCACUGGAAGGCUUCGUUUUCCUGUGGGUUCCGUUCAAAGUUUCAAGGAAAGGACCCUUGAUGGACGACUGAACAACAAAAAGAUGAUAUUUCUAGGUGCGGCUGGCGAGAACCUCAUUCGAUUAUCCCCUAAUGCUUAUGUUGAUAACAUUUCGAUACCAUCGGGUGCCUGCACCCCUGAGCAACUGGCAUUGGGUACAUGCCCCUUCCCUGCCGAGUUCAGUGGUACCGGAUCCAACCGGCCUAAUGCGAGAGUCAUCAGCAACGUCCUAUUACGUCAGAAUAAAGUUAUCCCCAGUCCUAGAGGAGUAAGCGAUUUGAUUACAUAUUGGGGCCAGUUUAUCGAUCAUGACAUCAGCCUUACAGAAGAGCUGCCAGAAGACUUCGAAGGUCAGACGCCCAUUGACGUCGAGUUGCCAAUUCCUGUUCCAAAGGGUGACGUCAUAUUUGAUCCAGACAAGACAGGAGUUGCUGUCAUACCUCUUCGAAGAUUUAAUUUUGACAUGUGUACUGGAAAUGCUAUUUGCAACUGCCCAAGAAGCCACAUUACUGUUCUGUCGUCCUUUAUUGAUGCAAAUACAGUUUAUGGAACAAACGAGACGGUGUCACGUGCGCUUAGAACCCUUGUGGACGGGAAGCUUAUCGAAGACAAUGGAUUUCUUCCUCUAAAUACCCUGGGGCUGCCCAACCAGAACCCCUUGAUGAGAGACCCAACAAUGCUUCGAGUAGCAGGUGACGUAAGAUCGAACACUGCGCCCACGCUGUUUAUGUAUCAUUCGCUGUUUUUGCGCGAACACAAUCGACAGGCUGGCAUUUUCAGAAAGAAAUACCCUCUGGCUGACGAUGAAACGAUUUUUCAGCUUGCGAGAGGCAGGGUGAUAGCCGAAGUCCAGUCGAUUGUUUUUAAUGAAUAUUUACCUUCGCUCGUCGGUGGCUUUGGCAGGAUACCGAAGUACAAGGGAUACAACCCCAAAGUGGAUCCUUCUGUCGCUACAGAAUUCUCAACAGCUGCAUUUAGGAUUGGACAUUCUCAGUUAAGCCAAUUUGUUAUUCGUCUUGAUGCAAAAGGCAAGAUCAUCAAAUUUGGGAACUUGCUGCUCCGGGAAGGGUUUUUUAGGCCAGAACGAGUAACCGAUGAAGGAGGGCUGGACCCUAUAAUACGCGGAGCAAUUAAGAACCCUGCGCAGGACAUUGACACAAAUAUUGUGGACGAAAUUCGCAACUUCCUUUUCGUACCAAUGUCCAGCCUCGAUUUGGCAGCGAUAAACAUCCAAAGAGGAAGGGAUCUUGGAAUUCCUGAUUUCAACACAGUCAGAAAAGCGAUUGGCUUAAAGAAAUUCAAAUCAUUUAGUGAGAUCACCAGUGAUCGCAAAGUUGCUGCUACAUUGCGAUUCUUGUACAAGGACAUCAACAAUAUUGAUUUGUGGGUAGGAGGAAUCGCUGAGGACGCGGAGGAGGGUUCGGAGCUUGGUGAAACUUUUAGGACCAUAGUGAUUGACCAAUUUGUAAGGGUUAGAGAUGGUGAUCGUUUCUGGUAUGAAAAUAUUCUUUCAAAAAGGGAGAUUGAAGAAGUUGAAAAAACAACACUGAGUGAAAUAAUCAGACUAAACACAGGAGUCAUCGACCCACCUGCAAAUGUUUUUUUCUCCACGGAGCUUUGCAAAGAUGUGAAAGAUUUCCAGUGUGUCAGACGUUCUGUGUAUUAUCCAAAGUCAUACAAGUGAUAUGUACAUAAGCUUGAACAAUGAUUUGAUUGAUCGGUUAAUCACUGAGAUGGUAAACAAUCACACAAGACUAUCGAGUGAAUCAUUAAUUAUCUCCUAAUACACUGAAAGCUUUAUAACAGUAGAUUUCUCCUAUCAUUUGUAAAUCACUUUUUGUCUUGAUGAUUAUUUCAGUACUAAAUCAAUGCACUGCUUAUAGCAUUAAUUGAGUUUGCCCAAA